CCGAGCGGCCGCGGGUCACGUCCGACCACCAGUUACCUUUGCUGAGUCCGCACUCGAUCCGUGUCACUCGUGUGUCGUUAAUAUUUUAGCAAAACAAAAAAGAAAAAUUUGCCUUUUCAUCUCCUUAAGUAACGUCCGUCGCGUCUAAUACACGUCGUCGGCCCACCAAAAGCCUUUGCAAUAUCAUUGUACAUUGUUUAUUAUCGUUACUGAGCUUUGUUGUUGUUUCCGUUUGUCCAACAGUUUGUUGGUCAACCGUACUCAAAACAGAUAUCGGCCGACUAUGUCCCGUUGUCCGCUGUAGAGACCUUAACGUCCUUCGACUCUGCUCCGGCCACACAACCAACUAUGGCCAAGAAACGCCGAGGAGCCGUCGGAAGGCCGCGGAAGACCAACAGCAAGACCGGAGGACGUUCUUCUACAUUGUCGUCGUCGUCCACGCCAAAGCGUAUGGUUGGGUCGGAUAACAAGCGAGCACAAUCCAGAAGGACUACGGCGGCCAAGCUGUCUGCGAUUAAUAGUACAAUGAUUCCGAAAAGCGAUAAAGUAGUGUUGCCAAUAGUAGUCCAAAUGUCUGACGAAGCCGUUGUGACCAGCACUACCAACGUUACUAGUUCGACUGCUAAGCCGGGUGGCAGUCAUGUAUUGGCCACCAAUAAGACAAAUUCAGUCAAUCACCAGCCGCCAAUCGCCAGACACACCAGUCAACUCUUGAGGAACAUGCUCUUGUCCACUGAUCGUCUCCGUGCUAAGUCUUCCACCACUCCCACUUCUUUGGGGUUUUCAACAAAUGCGGCUGUGACCCCUCCGUCAACCACACCUCUUAACAAUCCACCUUACUACUACGACUAUUACCAGCAGUAUGACAAUGGGCCGCUCAACCUGGAGGUGACAUCUUCACGCAAGACUCCUGCAAAAGGUAAAUGCUGGAGUAGUAGAAGAUCAACCUCAACGUCUGAACCGUCAUCUAGAUCGUCAGCUUCUUUAAGUACCGAUGGUUACUACGCUCCUGCUGAUUUGCAUGCAUUUCCUGACAUACCACAAUUAGCGGAUGUUGAUGUAGCUGCUAGCCUCAGAGGAGAGCGUGACUGUAUGGGGAAAGAUCUGGUAGCGGCAGACAAUGAUGAUUCAACAGUUGCCCAAGUAUUGUGCCUCGAAGAUAACGAUGUAGAGUCGACCGCAACUGAGGAUACAUUGAGUAAUCAAUCCGCGACUGAUAGUGAACAUCGUGAUUUUGAUCAGAAGUGGGCUACAAUGAUGUCAUCAUCAGCAACUCGAUCAGUGUUUGAUGAGAACAGUGGCUGUUGCGGAAGUGGUAGAAGUGGUGGAAGUAGCGGAGCAGUAGAUGCUACUAUGACAGUGCCAUCGACCUGUUGUGGCGACACGUCAACGUUUGAUGGUGAUGACAGGCUAGUGGUUGAUGAGUCGUUGCUGCUAAACAAUGAUCUAAUGCAAAUCCAAAACUACAUCGGGGACAGCGCGGAUGCUGUGGCAGAUGAUGGCAUAAUGCCCCUGCCCGAUACUUCAGAUGUUAUACGUACAUUGCAAUACUACGAGUCUAGGCUGCUCGCAGCGGAUCAUCAUUUGCAUAGUAUUAACGGCGGUAGUGUGGUGUCGUUUGAUAAUUCAGGUAGCCAAAUGCACCACCACCAUCACCAUCAUCAAACGUUGUCCGAGUUUGCUACCAUGCUUCCGUGUCCAGUGGCUGGCUGUCUGUGGUACUCGCACUCGGCCACACUCUAUGUGCAUUUAUGUACAUGCCAUCAGGAUAUGAUAUCUUAUGGUAGCACGAUUACUCAUGCUUUCCGACGGCAGGACGUGCGAGACUAUUGUUUCUACACUCACCUGCAGUACGUCCAAAACACAGUGUACAUCGUAACAGUGGCGUACGACUGCUAUAGCCGUACGUUCGUUGCCACUAUUCAGCACGUAUCCUCCCACGGGGACAAUACGAGGGCUUCGUCUACUACGGCAACGCUGACCGCAGGUGGCCUGGGUAGAUCCUCAACUCCUCCACAAGUGGCAUCAACGCUCGGCUUCAACGGCCGACAUCACCACUACCAACAAGAGCAACAGAGUCAUUCGUGGACUGGGCACGUACAGCCUUACACGGUCCCACUAGACGUUCUACAUGCUGAUGGUCGUUGCCUGUUUAUAGAUCCUGCUGCUCCGUCUGCUGUAGCCGAUCACGUUAUUGUAGGCGUACACCUAUUGACUCCGGCAAUGCAGUACAUUAACGACGCUACAACCACUUCGUCUAUGCUCGCUUGUCUUUGACAGACAACGAACAUACAAACAAAUUGUGUAUGACCUCAAUAGCGUAUAGGUUGUUUUAUAAAAGUGACAUACAAAGACUGUUGUUGUUAUAACAACAGUGUGGUGUAUUUUGUGGCGUUUUAGUCACCCAGCUUGUUUUCCUGUCACGUUGCACAUUGAUAUAAUACUUAUAUGUAUUAUUGUGCAUGGUAUUGUUUUUAUUAUGUACAAACCGUUAAAAAGACUUUUAGAAUUUUUAUUUUUAUUUAUUUAUAUAUACAAAAAAUAUAUAUCUAUUUAUAUAUAUAUAUAUAUAUAUUUAUUAAUUAAUAUGUAUUUAAAUUUGUAUAAUAUAUAAUUUAUAUUAUAUAUACGUACACAAUGAUAUGAUGAUUUAGAGUUUAGGCCGUUUACCCCCUAUUUGUUAGCCAUACAGACAUUCAGUACGCUAUUAAACAAUAUUUUAUAAUGUAUUUAAGGUUUUUUUGUUCAGUCGUAUUAAG